AUGAGCUGUACCUGCCAUGCCAUCUAUGUUGCGCUCUUGGGCGCGGCAUUCGUCAAUUUCUCGAGAUGCCUCGAAGAGAGUGACAGGCAGUUGCAGCAGACGGACUGGUUCGAGGGCUUUUGCAACCAAGACACUUCUUCGCCCGAGGGCGCAGUCCGUUCAUUCCAAAGCAUUUGGCCGCAAUCUGCUUUGCAGAGUUGUGAGAAGCAGCCUGAUGCAGGUUCCUGGAUUUGGCCAGGGCGCAAUUGGUGUUGGGUGGCGGCUAAGCGCCACGCCUGCUAUGGUCAUCACACGUGGUAUGACGCGGAGAGCGUGGCAUACGAAGAGAUGAGGCACAAUCAAAAAGAGUUGAAAGCAGAAAUGCAAAUGUUGCCUCAUUUGCCUGCUCUGCAAAAUGCUGAGCUGUGCGACAAGCCCGUGCUGGGUGCUGAGUUGAAGCCGAAAGAAGCGAAAGAGCAAGAGCAGAAGCUAGCUGCUUUUCACAUACAGUCCGCUGAAGCUCACUUCUGGUUUCAGCGCAACGUUGCUGUGUACGUCCUCAACAUGCCAAGUGCCACAGAGCGCUGGGCACAAAUGUCAAGGAGGCUGCAGGAGUUGGAGAUCCACGCGAAGCGAUUGGACGGUAUCGAUCUUUCUCUCGGCCUGGACCAGGCGAAGAAGGACGGGCUUGUUCCAAAUGAUUGGAACUUUACUGCAGCCAAGGAAACAAUGGUUAGGCUUUUGCACAAGAGCUCUGCAGCAGCUGCGCAGAGGUACCUAGACAAUUAUGGAAUAGGAACCGUUGGCUGUGCGGCAGCCCACCUUCGUGCCAUGUGGCAAGCAGCAAGUGCUUGGCACUCCAAGAAGCCACUAGUCCUGAUACUGGAAGAUGAUGUAUGGCUUGAGGCCGUUGCGUUUGGUGUGAACUUGGUGGAAAUUCUCUUAAUGCCACACAAAACUACACAAACACCCUUGUGCUGCUCUAGUGCUGUAUUUGAGGAUGAUUUCAAGCUGAAGCUACGCAAUUUACUUCGAGACGAGGUGCCUUGUGAUUGGGAUGUGAUCUCUCUACGAUCGCAAUGUCCGUAUGGUGUGUGUGUCACGCCGCAUCUCACCCGAGUGCAACCAGACGGCAACGAACCUGAAGAGAUGUGCAGGCAUGGAGUGAACUACGGAUUCUACGCAAUGCUUUACAGAGCCGAUGCUCUCAUACCUGUGGCAAAUGCAUUGCACCGACAAAUUUGGAACAACUCCAGGCCUGGCUGCCUGGCGAACGAUGUGGCCCUCGCAGCAAUUUCUGACCGCAUAGCGUACUACGCUGUGCCCUCUUCACAGGUUCCUGGAUUCGUCCAGCAUACCAACAGAGGUUCGGUCAGAACAGAGCUAAACCACAGAGGACAAGCUUGGCUUGACUUAGUUCUGCAGAAGAAGCAGCGAUAUGCGGACAAGUCUUGACACGUCUUCAAGAUCCUGAUGAACUGAGCGAGACGCGACAAGGUGACGUCAUGACGUGGUAAUCUUCCUCGCGCAGCUGCUCUUGUUUGCUCUUUAGUGUCAAAGUUGCACAUGCUGAGUGAGUGCUAAUCGUUUACAAAAA